AUGGAAGACGCGGGAGCAGCUGGCCCGGAGCCGGCGCCGGAGCAGGAGCCUGACCCGGGGCCAGAGCCCGAGCGGGAGCCCGGGCCGGAACCCGAGUCGGAGCCUGAGCCAGGAGCUGGCACGUCCGAAGCGUUCUCCCGACUCUGGACGGAUGUGAUGGGCAUCCUGGAUGGUUCUCUGGGCAACAUCGACGACCUGGCGCAGCAGUAUGCGGAUUAUUAUAACACCUGCUUCUCUGACGUGUGCGAGAGGAUGGAGGAGCUGCGCAAACGGCGGGUUUCCCAGGAUCUGGAUGUGGAGAAACCCGAUGCCAGUCCCACGUCACUUCAGCUGCGCUCCCAGAUCGAAGAAUCACUCGGCUUCUCUAGUGCCGUGUCAACACCCGAAGUGGAAAGAAAGCACCCUCUGCAUAAAUCCAACUCGGAAGACAGUGCUGUAGGAAAAGGAGAUUGGAAGAAAAAAAAUAAGUAUUUCUGGCAGAACUUCCGAAAGAACCAGAAAGGAAUAAUGAGACAGACUUCAAAAGGGGAAGAUGUCGGUUAUGUGGCCAGCGAGAUCACGAUGAGCGACGAGGAGCGGAUCCAGCUCAUGAUGAUGGUGAAGGAGAGGAUGAUCACCAUCGAGGAGGCCCUUGCCAGGCUCAAAGAGUAUGAGGCCCAGCACCGGCAAUCGGCCCCUCUGGACCCUGCAGACUGGCCUGAUGGUUCCUGUCCAUCAUUUGAUGGCUCAUCCAACUGCAACUCAAGAGAACAAUCAGAUGAUGAGACGGAGGACUCGGUGAAGUUUAAGAGGUUGCACAAGCUGGUCAACUCCACUCGCAGAGUCAGAAAGAAACUCAUAAGAGUGGAAGAAAUGAAAAAACCCAGCACUGAAGGUGGGGAAGAGCCGGUAUUUGAGCCUCCGCCCGCCCUGGAUGAAAGGGCUGCCCUGUACUCCGGAGUGCACAAGAAGCCCUUCUUCUUUGAUGGCACCCCAGAGAAGCCUCCCGAAGGUGACCCGGACUCCGUCACCAUGUCACCUUCAUCCAGCAACCUGGACACCUGGGGUACCGGCCGGAAGUUGGCGAAAACCUUCAGCAAAGGCGAGAGCCGGGGCCUCAUUAAACCCCCCAAGAAGAUGGGGACGUUCUUCUCCUACCCAGAGGACGAAAAGGCCCAAAAAGUGUCCCGCUCCCUGACGGAAGGGGAGAUGAAGAAGAGCCUCGGGUCCCUGAGCCACGGGAGAACCUGCAGUUUCGGAGGCUUUGACCUGACCAACCGCUCUCUGCAUGUUGGAAGCAAUAACUCGGGCCCCGUGGGCAAAGAAGGCGAUUUUGUGUACAAGGACAUAAUCAAAUCACCCACCGCAUCUCGCAUCUCUCUGGGGAAAAAGGUGAAGUCGGUGAAAGAGACCAUGAGGAAGAGGAUGUCCAAAAAGUACAGCAGCUCCGUCUCCGAGCAGGACUCAGGCCUUGAUGGAGCACCGAGUCCCCCCACGUCCACAAAACCUGACUCUGAACACACGGACAAGCCCAAGCUCAAGGCGGGAGGCUCUGUGGAAAGCCUGCGGAGCUCUCUGAGCGGGCAGAGCUCGAUGAGUGGGCAGACGGUGAGCACCACCGACUCCUCGACCAGCAACAGGGAAAGUGUCAAGUCAGAGGACGGAGAUGACGAGGAGCUGCCCUACCGGGGCCCCUUCUGUGGGCGUGCCCGGGUGCACACGGACUUCACCCCCAGCCCCUAUGACACGGACUCGCUCAAGCUCAAGAAAGGAGACAUCAUCGAUAUCAUCAGCAAGCCGCCCAUGGGCACCUGGAUGGGCCUGUUGAACAACAAGGUCGGCACGUUCAAGUUCAUCUACGUGGAUGUGCUUAACGAAGAGGAGGAGAAACCCAAACGCCCUACCCGGAGGAGGAGGAAGGGAAGGCCUCCCCAGCCCAAAUCAGUAGAGGAUCUUCUCGACCGCAUUAACCUGAAGGAGCACAUGCCCACAUUCCUGUUCAAUGGCUAUGAGGAUCUAGACACCUUUAAGCUCCUGGAGGAGGAAGACCUGGAUGAGUUAAACAUCAGGGACCCAGAACACAGAGCGGUCCUCUUGACGGCCGUGGAGCUGCUGCAGGAAUACGACAGCAACAGCGACCAGUCGGGCUCCCAGGAAAAGCUGCUUUUGGACAGCCAGGGCCUGACCGGACACUCGCCCCGAGACUCGGGAUGCUAUGAAAGCAGCGAGAACCUGGAGAACGGCAAGAAUCGCAGAAGCUGCCUCCUCCCCACCAAGCCGUCCGCCGAGUGCAGCCUCAAGUCCUUCGGCAGGGAUCCACGGGGCAAGUACCCGACGCUGCCUCUGACGAAAGUCUCUGAUGCCCGGAAGCAGGGAGAGGAGGAAGGGGGCAGGCUGGGCUGGAGCCUCACCCCGGACGCCCCUAAAGCCUGCACCCCACUGGCCUCCGCUGGGGCCAGCAGAAACCGAAGGAGCCUGCCAGUCUCCAUGUGUCGAAGCUUCGAGACCCUGGAAGGCCCCCAGACUGUGGAGACAUGGCCCCGGUCCCACUCCCUGGACAAUCUGCAAGGAGAGCCAGACACGGAGAAAGAUGCGCCUGCCCAGGUGACCCAGGCCACCCCACGGAUCGCGCCGGAAGUGCCCCGAAAGCCAGCCGACCCCGCGGCCAACCUCCAACAGCAGGAGCAGGCCUCGACCGCUGGCCCCGCAUUGCCACAGACUCAAAGCAAGCGCUGUUCUGAGCCCCCAAAAAUCAUCCCCAAGAAGCCGGACAGCCCGGCAGUGGCCCCUGCCCAUGCCUCGGUGCUUCCCUCGUGUGUGCCCAGAAACUCUGAUGCUCGGCCUCCUGGCGCUAAACACAGCAUCACAAGGACGUCUCUUGAGGGUCCCAGGAAGGGACAGGAUUUAGAAGGAACCAGCCACCCCGCGGGCACCAAGGAAGGGGUGGAUACUGAGCACAGGGCCCCCGAGGCCAGAGCCCAGCCCAGACAUCCUGCACAGCCCCCACCCGUGCCUGCCAAGAAGAGCCGAGAGCGCCUGGCCAAUGGGCUGCACCCCAUUCCUGCAGGCCCCGAUGCCCCCUGCCUGCCAGCCAAGAAGGGCAGCCUGCCCAGCCCCACAGGGCCCGGCGACAGUGUCCCCUCACCGGCCCCCAAGCCACCAUCAGCGCAGAUGCAGGAGCCUGGCAGCCCCACCAGCACGCGGCCGCCACCCUGGCUCUCGGAGCUGCCGGAGAGUGCCAGCUUGCAGGAGCACGGCGUGAGGCUGGGCUCGGCGCUGAGCAGGAAGAUCUCCUGCCCCCGGGGAGCCGACCUGGAGACGCUCACAGAGAACAAGCUCCAAGCCGAGGGCAUAGACCUCACGGAGGAACCCUAUUCCGACAAGCACGGCCGCUGUGGCAUCCCCGAAGCCCUGGUGCAGAGAUACGCCGAGGACUUGGAGCAGCCCGAGAGGGACGUCGCCACCCACCUGGACCAGAUCCGGGUGAAGCUGCUCCGGAAGCAGCACCGCAUGGCGAUCCCAAGCGGUGGCCUCACGGAAAUCUGCCGGAAGCCUGUGUCUCCUGGGAGCAUCGCCUCCGUGUCCGACUGGCUCGUUUCCAUCGGCCUGCCCAUGUACACCAGCACCCUCACCGCCGCGGGGGUCAGCACACUGAGCCAAGUGCCUUCUCUCUCUCCCACUUGCCUGCAGGCAGCCGGCAUCACGGAGGAGCGGCACAUCCACAAGCUCGUGGCUGCAGCCAGGCUCUUCAGACUGCCCCCGGGGCCUGAGGCCGCGGUGUAGCCAGCCCGUGCCCCCGGGUCUGGGCCUCUCUGGACAGCUCUGCAUUCAGCACGUGGCCCACUAGAGCGGGC